AUGACAAAAGAAAGGACGUUGUACGCUGACCGUCUACUGACAACCAAGACCCCCUUUGAGGCCACCGAGGUUAUGAGGGUUCGACUUUCCGAGAGCAAAUUGGUAAGUAAAGAAUUUCUCGAGUUAUUUGCUGAAGUCAGUAAAAUUAAGAGAAGCUAUGUUCAGAAGUUGAAUAAAAUUGUUUCUGAAAAAGAGAAUUUAAAAUCUAUUAUUGAUAAAAAAAUAAUUCAAAAUAAUGUUUACACAUCCGAAGAAUUGUCUAAAUUAGACAUGGACUUGCUAGGUAACGUUGUUCCUCUUUGGGAUAUUGUAAUAAAAGAAUUGAGAACAGAGGUAAAAGCUAAUAAGGAAUUUUUAGAUGUUAUUGAAUCUCAAGUGUUAUAUGAAAUAAAUGAUAGCAUUGAUACUGAUAAUAGAUGGCAUCAGCGUGAAAAGCAUGCAAAACUUAGUAAGAUAGCUGCAAUGAUUGAAAAAAAUGAUCCAAAGGAUGAUAUAGCCGAUGCUAGCCAACGUUGGGAUGUCGAGAGCCCUUAUCUCUUUGAAAUGUUUGAAAGAAUUGAUUAUAAUAGAUUAGAUGUUUUAAAAAAUAGUCUAUUAAGGUAUCAAACCGGUUAUGGUGAUUUCUUACAGCAAUUUUCAAAAGGCUCGGAAGACUCAAUGACAAAACUAUUAGAGUUUAGUCCUGAUGAGGAAUUGGAAAGAUUUGCUACAGAAGCAAUCAAUCAUAAAUUUAAUAUCAAAACUGAGAAAUCGCAUGACUCGCCUCAAAAGAUUGAGAAUUACAAAUCCUCGCCACAGAAGGACAAAAGAAGAAGUACGUUUGGAAACAUCACUCACAGAUUUGCUUCCCACUCUUCUCAAAACAAUUUGAUGAACAAUGAAUUUUCAGACAGUAAUAACAAUGCGACUUUGAGCUCAAAAAAAUCUCCAAAUAAAUUAAAGUCUAGAGUUGGAUCAAUUUUUGGCAGAAACAAAUUAAAAAAGAAGAAUACGGAAUCUACUUUGAAUUCUGCAAUUUCAGAGGAGUCAGACUUGGGUACUUCAAGAAGUAUGUCUAACAAUAGAAGAGGUUCGGAAAUUUCUCAUGGAACUCCAUAUAGCGUCAGUAGAGGGCAUGAAAGAAGUAGAGCACAUACAGAGAGUAGUAGGGCAAAUCCAAAGAAAUUCCAUGUAGAAGAGUCUCCAUCAAAACCCCCUAAACCAGUAUCUCAAAGCACUGAAAUGCAUACACCUAUGGCUUCUGCUGCUGGGAAGGAUGUCUCACCUGUAAGAGGCGUUCCCUUAAGUGCAAGCUCACCUCCACUACAACCGCAUCCAAGAUCAGAUAGUAUCAGUCGUUCAGGACAUCAAUUAGGAACUAUUAAUCAAGGCCAAACAUCGGCAAGUAAUGUUUCUUCACCGGCAUUGCCCCCCUCCAGGAAACAAAUCAACAAUUCAACAGCUAACACGGUUGCUGGUAUGCAUGACUCUAUGAUGGGCGUCCAACAAACCCAGUAUUCUCAGCAACAAAAUUAUGCAAUUACCCAGCAACAAUAUCAAAGUGCGGCUAUUAUCAAUCCACAAAUUACUGGAGAACUAGGAGAGUUAAACCCACAGGAAACAGGUUCGUCAACUUCACUAAGAGGCCAAUCUAUGUUCCGUCACUCCACUCUUGACCAGGCAGGAGCGUAUGGUUUAAAUGCUAGUGUUGCUGAAGUCAUUAAUGCGUCAUUUAAGGAUGGUGUUGUGGCAGAUUCUCAGUUGGUUGGUGAAGUGGCUUUGAAUUAUACUGCGGCUAACCCGGCUCAGGCUUUGCCGAUUGGUAUCAAUUUGAAAGUUAAUAAUGGUUCACAAUUUGAGAAAGUUAUUUUAAACCAAGCAUUUAUGGAGCGUGUUAACUCGGAAGAAUUUAAAGUCAACCCUGUCUUUAUUGCUUCGAGAACACUGGGCGCCAUUAAAUACUCGAUUUCGCACGUCACACCACCUGUGGUUGUACAUCCAGUUUGGAGGUUUGAGCCUCACCAAGCUAGUGUGGUAUUGAAUGUUAAAAUGUCUCCCAUGCUACCAGAUAAUGUCAAUCAAAUUGUUCUGAAUGAUUUUGCUGUCUUCAUUUCGAUUGAUGGUGCUAAUACCACGAGUGCGUUGUCUAAACCUCAAGGUUCAUUCAACAAGGAGAAGAAUAGAAUCAGCUGGAGGUAUACUCAACCAUUGGUAUUGAAUCGUGAUAGCGAUGGAGAAAGAAUUAUUGCCAGGUUUAUGACUGACCAAAUUGCUCAUGAGUCGCCUAACGGUGUUUUGGUAAGAUUUACAACAAAUCCACAGUUGAACUCUGACAUAGGAAGUGGUAUGUCAAUAAUUUGCCAAGAGCUUGAUGAAGAAAAUCCUUUUGGAGCUGACUGGAAGCCAAUUGCUUUAAAGAAAACCCUGGCAACAGGUAAAUACUCGGGUUUAGCAUAA